UAUUCAGACGGAGUAGCCUAAGCCUAAGCCUAAGCCUAAGCCCAAGCCUAAGCCUAAGCCUAAGCCUAAGCCUAAGCCCCUAAGCCUAAGCCCAAGCCUAAGCCUAAGCCUAAGCCUAAGCCUAAGCCUAAGCCUAAGCCUAAGCCUAAGCCUAAGCCUAAGCCUAAGCCUAAGCCUAAGCCUAAGCCUAAGCCUAAGCCUAAGCCUAAGCCUAAGCCUAAGCCUAAGCCUGCCUAAGCCUAAGCCUAAGCCUAAGCCUAAGCCUAAGCCUAAGCCUAAGCCUAAGCCUAAGCCUAAGCCUAAGCCUAAGCCUAAGCCUAAGCCUAAGCCUAAGCCUAAGCCUAAGCCUAAGCCUAAGCCUAAGCCUAAGCCUAAGCCUAAGCCUAAGCCUAAGCCUAAGCCUAAGCCUAAGCCUAAGCCUAAGCCUAAGCCUAAGCCUAAGCCUAAGCCUGGCCUAAGCCUAAGCCUAAGCCUAAGCCUAAGCCUAAGCCUAAGCCUAAGCCUAAGCCUAAGCCUAAGCCUAAGCCUAAGCCUAAGCCUAAGCCUAAGCCUAAGCCUAAGCCUAAGCCUAAGCCUAAGCCUAAGCCUAAGCCUAAGCCUAAGCCUAAGCCUAAGCCUAAGCCUAAGCCUAAGCCUAAGCCUAAGCCUAAGCCUAAGCCUAAGCCUAAGCCUAAGCCUAAGCCUAAGCCUAAGCCUAAGCCUAAGCCUAAGCCUAAGCCUAAGCCUAAGCCUAAGCCUAAGCCUAAGCCUAAGCCUAAGCCUAAGCCUAAGCCUAAGCCUAAGCCUAAGCCUAAGCCUAAGCCUAAGCCUAAGCCUAAGCCUAAGCCUAAGCCUAAGCCUAAGCCUAAGCCUAAGCCUAAGCCUAAGCCUAAGCCUAAGCCUAAGCCUAAGCCUAAGCCUAAGCCUAAGCCUAAGCCUAAGCCUAAGCCUAAGCCUAAGCCUAAGCCUAAGCCUAAGCCUAAGCCUAAGCCUAAGCCUAAGCCUAAGCCUAAGCCUAAGCCUAAGCCUAAGCCUAAGCCUAAGCCUAAGCCUAAGCCUAAGCCUAAGCCUAAGCCUAAGCCUAAGCCUAAGCCUAAGCUCUAA